AUGAAACGAAGUGGAACUCGCUGGCCUUUGCUGGGCCUCCUGGGGGGCCCCCUAGGGGGCCCCCACGUGCAGCAGUCGCUCGAGGGCGCGGGGGAAAGGGUCUACGCUUUGAGCCCCGCUGUGAAGGAAGCAAUGGAGAAGGCCGGAGUUGUCCAUUCUGCAUGUUUUGAAAAAGAAAGAAAAGAAGAAAAUGAAUUUUUAAUUUGCAUCGGGAGGGCCAACUGCGCCCACGCGAAGACGCGCAACAGUGCGCAGCUGGUGCCUGCGCCGGAGGCCCUUGAGUCUCCUGAGGGGAAGAGAAAAGCCAUGGAAGUGACCCACGCAGUUCUGACCCACGUGGCGCGGGAAAUGCAAACGAGUGACCUCAAAGUGUUGAUGGGCAAAGUGAGUGCCUUGGGCUUGGCCUGCGACGGCUUCCAGCUUUCGCCGCCGCCCAAGCCGAGUUGA